AAAUUAAUUGCUUUUCUAUUUGUCUUUAAAACUUUGUUCAUAUCUUUAUGACUUUGGUUACCAUGACAAUGGCGUGCAAUUCUUUUGAACAAGUUAUUCAACACAAAAAUACUAAAAUAUUACCAUUAUAUUACUUCGCUCAUGUACAGAUCACUUGUGAAUCAAAGAAGCUAAACAAACAACAUGGAUAAGAAAUUUCUUGUCUUCUUUAAGCUAAGUCUAAUACUAAUUGGAGUCAAUUCUCAGCAAUGUGAUACAGAUGGAGGAGACUUCCGAAGGGAAGACAAGUUCACCGCAACCAAAGGUUUUGCCAUAUCGACAAGUAUCUUCAAAAGUGUUAAAGUGGCGCAUGCGUUUGAAUGUAGCGCCGCUUGUCUGUCUGACUCAAGAUGCAGAUCCGCCAACUACUACCAUAAAAGAACCGAGUCCUUGAGUCUGUGCGAGUUGAGUCGCGAGGCGGUGAAUGGCUCUUCUUCGGAUGCACUUGUACAGAAUGCAAAUUCGACUUACUAUAAAAGGACCCCAUGGGACCACUUGUGCGAGCGUUGUAAGAACGACGCCCGAUGCGUCAUCUCAAGCGGGAGGUAUCAAGGUUAUCGCUGCGAGUGUAAAUCAGGCUUCUCCGGUGAACACUGCGAAAUAUCCAGUCAUUUGCGAUCUUGCAAAGACAUCUUCGAGAGAUCCAGUAUGCGCAAGGACAAGGCUUACAGUAUUACCGUGGGCUCAAAGGUGACUGAGGUGUUCUGCCAAAUGUCCAGUAUCUGCGGAAGUGGGGGAUGGACGCUGGUCAUGAAAGCAGAUGGCUCAAAGAGUACAUUUCGCUACGAUUCACCACUCUGGUCAAACAAGUUAGAAUACAACCCAGGCGCAGGAUCAACCGGUUUAGACCACCAGGAGACCAAGCUAUCAACAUACUGGGAGGCUCCUUUCAAAGACAUUUGCAUCGGGAUGGAAGUCGGGGAUGAGUUGAGAUGGCUCAACUUACACUACCCCUCUGAGUCCCUGUAUGACGUCAUUGCCGAUGGGACUUUCAAGGAUUUGUCCAUGUCGAAAGCUGAUUGGCUGGGCCUGAUUGCAGGCUCAGAACUUCAAAAGAAUUGCGGCAGGAAUGGUUUUAAUAACAAUCUGGUUCGCAUCGGGAUUAUGGGGAAUGGAGAAAACGAUUGCAACUCCCCGGAUAGCGAGCUAGGAUUUGGGACUAAAAUAGAUGGGUAUUGGGUAGGGAACACUUGUCGGCAUAUUUGUAAUAAGCGAUUUACCGCAUUUGGGUAUAUUUUUGUGAAAUAGUUUUCUCGAGACAAUAGAAGGUACAGCUUGAAAACAUUUAGGGGCUAAGUGGGACUAGUGUUUCUAGCACUGCCCCCCCUACCCUAUAAAAACAGAGCUCAAGGAGUCUCCCCCCCCCCCCCCCCCCCCCACAAACACUCAUGCAUCAAAGUGGUCCAAACAUUCCGAUUUGCAUUUUUCAUGUGACAUUUUUUUAUGAUUUUUUUAACUAAAACAGUAAAAACUGAAGGAGCUCUGCACAAAUGUUGUAAAUGAAAAAGAAAAAAAUAAGUAAAGAUUGGCUACUGAUUUCACUUUUGUUACACAGACAAAGUUUGCAAGAAAUUAUAAUGUUCGAAAAAAUAUAUGUCAAUCAUAGCUUCAAUAAUGGCAUGUUCAUUAAAAAGUAUUCAAUGCUGCAUAAUUAAAAGGGAUUUGUUAAUUAAAGAAUAUGUAACUUUUAGGAAACUUCAAUUGUAAUAUUAUGAUGUAUCUUGUAGGGCUAUAGUUAAAGGAGCCACUAUCUAUUUGGGCCAAAUGGUUUGAUUUCCUACCUGUGUCAUCAUAUACUUUGAUAAGGCUGGCCAUAGACGCCAUUAUAGGGCCCCAAUAAAUAAAUAUUGUGUACUUAUUGUAAUGAGUUAAUAAGUGAAAUAAAGCUAAUUUUGGGUGA